GCUGUUUAGUCCUCCGAGUGUCGUUCAUCAUGGCCGUUCCCGCUGGAAGAUCCGUGGUGUUCGUGACUGGAAACGCCAAGAAACUGGAAGAAGUCAUUCAGAUCCUUGGUGACACGUUUCCCUACAAGCUGGUGUCAAAAAAGAUUGAUUUACCUGAAUACCAGGGAGAGCCGGAUGAAAUUUCCAUACAGAAGUGUAAGGAGGCGGCCCAGCAGAUUGGUGGACCAGUCAUUGUAGAGGACACAUGUCUGUGUUUCAGGGCCUUAGGGGGACUGCCUGGUCCUUACAUCAAAUGGUUUCUUGACAAACUUAAACCAGAGGGCUUGCACAAACUUUUAGCUGGUUUUGAAGAUAAAUCAGCAUGGGCCCUUUGCACUUUUGCAUUCUCUGCUGGCAAGGAUGAACCCGUCCAACUCUUUAGAGGGAAAACAGAGGGACAAAUUGUGGAACCAAGAGGCCCGCGAGACUUUGGAUGGGACCCCUGUUUCCAGCCCGAUGGAUAUGACAAAACUUAUGCUGAACUUCCCAAAGAGGUGAAAAACUCAAUCUCUCACCGCUACCGGGCACUAGCUGCCAUGUCUGAGCACUUUUCACAAACCAACAAUACCUCACCUGAGAGCAAGAAGAAGAAGCAGGACGAUUAAAUACGUAUGUUUGACUCAUCUGUGUGUUAUAAUUUAACUAGAGGAAACUUCUUAUGACAUCACAUACUGUCCAGUCUGGAGCACUCUCUAUUGCAUUAUGUCUGUUUUCCUUUAUUUUACAAUAAACUUCAUUUUCAAUUUUUAAAGACUUACAA